CAAUAUCGUUUGACCUACCCAGUUGAACCUUUAUCCGAUUUACGUUUGCCGACUUUGUAAUACCUAAUUGUCGUGAAGUAAAAAUCACCAUCAAUAGAAUCGCUGUUUUAAAAAAAAAAUUCCAAGCGUUUUCUUUACACGGCAACAUGUUGUCCAGAUUAGCCCUUCGUUCUGAGCUAUUCCGUGUGGCGCCCAUGAGCGCCACAGUCCGCAUGACCCAAACUAAACCAGCGGUCACCAGCGGCAAUGAAUCAAUCAUUGUGCCCGGUUUCCCCAAGCCCAACGGCAAACCCCAACCAAAUCCAUUCGAAGGACCUGAACGAGACUUGGUCAACUUCCCUCGUUUAGUCAGGUUGGAACAUCCAUCAAAGACUAGGUAUUUCAUUGUACCGGAAGAGUGGUUUGAAGUUUUCUACAAAAAGACCGGUGUCACAGGACCAUACAUGUUUGGCGUUGGAUUAACGACUUACCUUUUGAGCAAAGAAAUAUGGGUCGUUGAACACGAAUUUCCAUAUGUAUUAGCAACAGGUGGUUUGGUUUAUUUGGCAUGGAAGAAGUUUGGUAAAAGUUUCGCCGAAUACCUCGAUAAAGAAGUUGAUGAAUACGAAGCAUCUUGUAAUGCUGGUCGCCAAGAUGAACUUGAUGCAUUAAAAGAUAACAUUGAAGCACAGAAUAAAGAAGUUUGGAGAACAGAAGCCCAAAAAUAUAUUUACGAAGCCAAGCGAGAGAACAUUGCAUUACAACUUGAAAGUAUUUACCGUGAACGAGCUCUACAAGUGUACACACAAGUUAAAAGGCGUUUAGAUUACCAACUGGAACUGGCCAACCUAAAGCGUACUGUUCAGCAAAGACACAUGGUUAAUUGGAUUUUAGAAAAUGUAUUACAAUCAUUGACUACUGAACAAGAAAAGCAGAGUUUCAAGAAAUGUAUGGUGGAUUUGAAAGCAUUAGCUUCAAAUGUUUAAGUUAAAUAUCAGUCAGUUCUGUUUUAGGAACAGGUAAUUGUGAAAAAUGUAAAAGAAUAUAAACAAUGUUUCAUAAAUAUUUGCAUUGGUCUUAAAAUGUGAAAUUAAAAGUAGAUCCCAUUUGUAUGUAAUAAAAUAAUACGGUCCAA